UCUACCCAACACGCAGGCGCGUCUCCUCAAGAGCUUUCCCCGCCCCCUCCUCUUUCUCUUCAGUCCGUUCCCCCUCCUCUCCCAGCCGCUCCGCAGGUUCAAACUCUUCUCCGGGAGAGUGGCGGCGAUCGCGCGGUCACGUGAUGAGCAUCCUGCUGCCCAACAUGGCGGAGUUCGACACCAUCUCGGAAUUGGAGGAAGAAGAAGAGGCAGCAACAUCGUCGUCGUCUCCGUCGUCGUCUCCGUCGUCGUCGUCGUCGUCGUCGGUAUCUGGGCCCGAUGAGGACGAGGAAGAUGAGGAGGAGGAAGAGGACGAGGAAGAGGAGGAGGACGAGGAAGAGGAGGAGGAGGUGCCGCCCCCGCCUCGGGUAGUGAGCGAGGAGCAUCUGCGGAGAUAUGCCCCAGACCCUGUGUUGGUGCGCGGCGCCGGCCACAUCACUGUGUUUGGAUUGAGCAACAAGUUUGAUACCGAAUUUCCGUCAGUUCUGACAGGGAAGGUGGCUCCAGAAGAAUUUAAGACCAGCAUUGGCCGUGUGAACUCAUGCUUGAAAAAGGCUCUCCCUGUCAAUGUGAAAUGGCUGCUGUGUGGAUGUCUCUGCUGCUGCUGUACCCUGGGGUGUAGCCUGUGGCCUGUUAUUUGUCUCAACAAAAGAACCAGAAGAUCGAUUCAGAAGUUACUAGAAUGGGAAAAUAACAGAUUAUACCACAAGCUUGCUCUGCACUGGAAACUGACUAAAAGGAAAUGUGAAACUAGCAAUAUGAUGGAGUAUGUAAUACUAAUAGAAUUCUUACCAAAAUACCCCAUAUUCCGACCCGACUGAGGAGUUUUCUUCAGUCUCCUCUGUGUUAUCUGUCAUUUCCUACCCUUAGUGCCUUGUAGAUGAUCUUGGAAUGGGGACAGUCCCCUUCACUGUGUUCAGUUUAUUCUUUACAACAGUAGACUAUUCUUCUCACUCUUUUAUUUGUGUUAAGAAAAUUUGCACAUCUUUUUUGUUAUUAAAUGAGGCUUGUGUUUUGCACUCUCAAUUUUUAAAUAAAUGCAAACAUAUACCCGUAUUUAUUGUUAACACUAAAAACAUCAGUGCUGGUGUUUAAAGAAACAAAACAAAAACCUUGUUCUGAGCAUGCUGCCUUAUGAUUUUCAUACUCACUGUUUCUAAAUAUGCAUCAUUUUUCUAGGCUAUUUAAUGCUCUGUAAUCCCUUACUGGACACACCCAAAUAAGCUUUUGGUAGCUUUUAGAAAUGGUUUUACUCUGCUCUUAAAGAAAAUGCAAUUAAUAGCACUGGUUUCCUCCUGCACUUUGCUAAAUUGUCACUUAUGUUAGUGGAUAAAAAUAUUUAAACUCCUAAAGACUUGUAAAUAUUGUCUCUUUGCAUAAUGUAAAAUGUGGUAUGCCAUGGUUUACAGAAUGUAUUAUUAUCAAUGUAUUGCCAACAAUUCCACAUAGAUUUUACUAUGAAGGAUGUUUGCAAGCAUCCUGUUGAAUGUAGAGACCUUUAACAUGCUGUUUUGUGGCAAAGCCAAAAUGAGGAUGUUAAAUUUCAGGUGUGGGGCGGAGUACCCUUCCUAAUAAGUGGAUUAAAAUUGAAAUCAUUACUUCAGAUUUUAGGCAUCACACCUGAGACCAAGAACCUUUUUUCCAUUUACUUCACCGUUCUCCAUUUCUCCUCCACUCCACCCCCAUCUUAUAGCCUCACUAAUUCUCAUUUCCUUUCCCUUCUUUGAAAAUACACAAGAUUUCGGUCUUUAAAUGUUUUAAGAGCUGGGCACAUACCGUUAAUCUCAGCACUCAGAAGUCAGAGGCCACAGA